AUCUCUAUCUCUAUCUCUUUCUCUCUCGUACUACUCUUACUACUAGAGAGAAUUAAUCGUAAUAAUAUUAUUAUUCUAUCUCUGUAGACAAUCUUAUUAAUAAGAUCAGAUGGAAAAAGAAUAUUUUUCCAGGAAACUAUAUUAUCAUAUUAUUCCAUUCUUCGUUUACUAGUUGACCAAACAAAAGAAAAACCCAAUAACCAAACACCGUGUACCGAGCACAAAUUAACAAUACCGACUUCUCAGCUUCAUCACUAUACCAAAACAGGUCUCAGUUGUACGGACCAAAUUAGGGAAAAAGAAAAAGAGAGAGAGAUUAUUCUCUUUUGUUAAUUAUUUAUAAGAAGAAAAAUAUAUACUAAUUAUUAUUAUUAUGGAAGGAGAAAGAUCAGGAUCAGUAGUGCCUAGUUACGAGCUUCAGGUGUCGUUUUCGGUGGCUACUCCGGCUCCAGUUCCGAUCCACGACAUGGGUUUUGUUCAGUUUGAAGAUCAUCAUCAUCACCAUGGCCAUCAUCACAAUGAUCAUCACAACGUUUAUAGCUUCUUGGCUCCCGCGUCUCAGCAAUCUUCCGGCGCCGGCGGAGGCCAGUUGUCGCCACCAUCGGCGGCUCAGCCUCUCUCCACCACCGGCUCGGCUUCGACUGCGGCUGCGGCCGGAUCGAACUCCGGCUUGGGGUUUUGCCAUGGCGACCUUGUUGGGAGUACUCGAGCUUCUUGGAGUAAUAAUAACGAACAUAUGGUGGGUUCGUUAGAUCCGAAGGCUGUAAAUGAGGAAACUUGCACCGGUAAUGCUAGCGAUGGUGGAAAUUCAUGGUGGAGGAGUUCAAGUGCAGAGAAAAACAAGGUGAAAGUGAGGAGAAAACUGAGAGAGCCAAGGUUCUGCUUCCAAACCAGAAGUGAUGUUGAUGUUCUUGAUGAUGGUUAUAAGUGGAGAAAAUACGGCCAAAAAGUUGUCAAGAAUAGCCUUCAUCCAAGAAGUUACUACCGUUGUACUCAUAACAACUGUCGAGUGAAGAAGAGGGUUGAACGACUCUCAGAGGACUGUCGUAUGGUGAUAACGACGUAUGAAGGCAGACACAACCACUCUCCUUCUGAUGAUUCAAAUUCCUCAGAACAUGAAUGCUUUAGCUCUUUCUAAUUAUCCAAUUAUUAAUAUUUAGAAAGAAUUUAAAGAAAAAAAAUUAAGAAUUCAUUGUAAUAUUUCAUUAUUACAAUGUGUUUAAAUUUAUUAAUUAGCUCUAGACGGUCUUUGUCAAUUUUAUAAUUAUUUUAGAGGGAUUGCCAUCGUCUUAAGUUAUUUGUUAUAUGUACCUUUCAAUGUAAUUAUUUACAAACACUAGCUAGCUAGAAGAAGUUCUAUAUAUAGAUAUAUAUA